AUGGCUCGCGCAAAGUCUUCAUCACUCGGAGUCAGUGACAAUGCCCAAAUGUCUGGUGGAAUUCCCUUCAUUGACCAUGCCAAGUCUUCAUUGGCAAUGUCCUCUAGUACCUCUGUAAACAAUGCCAAGGAUUUGGAAAACAAGACAUCUGGAUCAAUCACCACAACGACAUUCAAGUGUCAGAUUUCCACCAUUCAAAUGGACGACAGCAUCACACCAAACUUUCAUCCAAAGUUCUUGCAUGACAUUUCGCGUGUUGUUGAUAAGGAGUCAAUGAAGAGGGUUGUCAGCAAGUACGGUAUCUACUACAAGAAGUGGGCGACGUUUGGAGGAACCUUGGAGCAGGUCAAUUCCGUUUCUUCUUCAUUCACAAGCUCUCAAAGUUCUCAAUCAUUGGAAUCAUGUCUAUCAAUGUCAUUUGCCGAAUCAAUCACCGCAGAAGGCACUGGUGAAUCUGCUAACUUGGCAAACUCAUUGUCAUCUCAGGUUGGUAAAGAUACGGCCACUAGUUUCGAUCGCAGCUCAACUGGAACGAUGUUGGUCAUCAAGGGAGGAGCACCUGGCUCAUAUGGUGAGGAUAUUGAUGAUCCUCUUGAAUCAUGGGUCGGUAGCAUCGAUCUGAUGCCAUAUCCAAUCGAUUUUAACCUUGGUUUAGUAUCUGAUCUCAUCCCUGACUCUUGGCAGAUCACAAACUCAUCCGAUACUACCGUGAAGAAACUCUGGAUAGAUGCUGAAAUACCUCUAUGUUGGCAUGUUUAA